AUGACGGCUGCUCAGGAUAAAUCCAGAGUUUAUGAAGCUCUGAAACUAGAUGCAGACAUCGCUCUACCGCCCAUUCUCCCACUUUUUGUACCAAAAUUUAACUUAACCAUUGAAAGGGCUCAAGAAAUAGUGGACCAAAUGCAGGUGAUGCCACUACCACCAACCCCACCUCCAGAGCCAACCAAACAAAUGCCAGUUGAUCGGGAGUUCAUUGAUCUUCUGCAUGAAUUGAGGCCUACUCCGUUUUUGUGGCCAAAACCUGCCGAUUAUAUAAUGUCAGAAGAAGACCAGAAACUAUGGAAUGCCACAAGAAUGAGAGAAUAUCGAAGAAAAUCCAAUGAAUUAAUUGAAAGAAGUAAAGAAAUGUUGAAUGGGUUGAAAGCUCAGUGUACGAUAAAUACGGUAAUUCUAAAGAAUCUAUUGGAUAAGAAUACAGUAGAAGAAGAAGUGAAACGAAAAGCAUCACAGUUUUUGCGUAUCAGUCAGGACAGUCUAAUGUUGAUUCCAGAGAUUUUGCAGUUGUUCCAACAAUACUGGCGACAUAGAGAGAAAGCUGCAGAAUCUCACUUUGAAAUGAAAUCACUCGUAUAUUUGGAAAAAGUUUUCAAGCUCAUGAAUGAUUAUGAGAUCCGCAAAGCUAACAAAGCACGAUCUCGAUCUCUGACUCAAAUGAUGAAGAAGAUCAAAGAUGCAACGUUGAAAGCUGAAGCUUAUGAGUUUUUCAUGGUCAGUCAACCAGCUCCACAUUAUUCGCAUUACUUAGUUAUUGUAGGAUAA